UGUUCUGAAUUGCAUCGUUAAUGGAUCUUGGAUAACUUUGAGAAGGAAAUCACAGCUGGGCAACAAUAAAGCACCAGCUCCGGCACAGUUCCCGUCAGAAUUCGUGAAGCGUCGCGUACUGCUGUGCGCAUGCGUGAGCAGGUGUCAUGAAGGUAAAGGUGAUCUCCAUCCUGGAAGACAACUACAUGUACCUGGUGAUAGAAGAGAGGGGCAAACAGGCUGUAGCUGUGGAUCCAGCUGUUCCUCACCGGCUGUUAGAGAUAGUGAGAAGAGAAGGCUUGUCUCUUGUUGCUGUCCUCACAACGCACCAUCACUGGGACCACGCUCGCGGGAACGAGCCUCUGCGGAAGGAACUUCCUGCCCUGAAGGUGUACGGCGGAGAUGAUCGGAUCGAGGGGCUGACAGAUAAAGUCACACACAAUCAGAAACUGAAAUUCGGCUCCAUCAAUGUGCGCUGUCUGUGCACUCCCUGCCACACCUCAGGAGACGUGUGCUUCUACGUUUGGGAGGAUGAGUGCACCGACGAUCCCGCUGUGUUCACAGGAGAUACAAUGUUCAUCGGUGGAUGCGGGCGUUUUUUUGAAGGUUCUGCGAAUCAGAUGCACCACAACCUCACCCAGGUGCUCGGUACCCUUCCCCCGGAGACGAAGGUGUUCUGUGGACACGAGUGCACCAUCAAGAACAUGAAGUUCGCUGUGCUGGUGGAACCAGAGAACAUCAAGGCUAAAGAGAUGCUGAGCUGGGCCAGGGCCAGAGAUGACGACGACAAACCCACUGUGCCGUCCACGCUGAAGGACGAGUUCGAUUAUAACCCGUAUCUUCGCCUCUCGGAGGAAGCAGUGCAAAAGUUCACAAAGAAGGAGGACCCUGUAGAGGUGCUGGAGGUCCUGCGGAAGGAGAUGGAUAAAUUCAAGAAGCCCAAGGAGAGACUUCCUCCUCACGCCAUGUUGGCCUUGGAGUGGGGGCUUCUCAGACCCUGAAGUCGUUUCUAAGCUCUGAAGAUCGUUUGAUUUCAAGCCGUCGAGGAUAAUAAAUCAAUGCUUGGCAAGAAUCGCAACACAAGACUGACCAUGAGAGGCUUGAUGAGACCAGACGAGCUGCUUCCAUUUGUAUCCAGGAAAAGGGCGGGGCUGUUUGUUUACUGAUCUAAAAAAGAAACAAACACGAGGUCUGUCUGUCUCCCCAUCUAGAAACCCACUGU